AUGAACGCAAAGGCUAAGACUCCGGUAGCUAAACUAGAUGCUGUGAAGCAGCUUUUGGGGUCGUUGACAGAGGAUCUUGAGACCAGCUCCCUAGCACCUCAACGUUGGUUUAUCUUCCCAGCAGCUCUUGAGAUUGCCUCUAACAAGUUUGAAAUAGGACGAGAGUCGAUCCUUGAGGAGCUGAAGAUAUAUGGCCGGGACCCCAACUGUGCAGAUCCUAUCUUCACCAAGGAAGGCAUCAAGACGCUAGUCAGACAUGCUUUUGACAGUACGUCAGUCAACACCUCGCGCGGCGCCCUCAGGAUACUUUGCAAUACUCUUCUUCUUGAACCAGAGACGCGACAAAGAUUCGUCGACACUGGAUAUGCGGCCAAAGCAAGUGAGAAGCUGAAGGAGGAUAACUCCGACGAUGAGUUUCUUGUGGCUAGGCUGCUUCUUAUCUCCACAUACAACACCAAUAUCGAUCUCCCCAAGCUCAUUACACAGCAUGGCCUGGCGGACUCCAUAGCCAAUCACCUCGCGAGGCAUGCCAAACGACUUUCCUCGACAAACAGAUCGACCACUGCAAAUCCUAUGGAUCCAAUGGCCCUAGAAGAAACCCUCAAGCUUACCUUCAACGUCAGCCAAUUCUCUCCUAAUCACCUCGCCUCUUUCGAACCAGCAAUUCCUCAUAUUAUCACUAUCCUGUGUAGUCUCGACCUACCUUCCCCCCACACCAAGACCCCUCUUGGGCCGCCGUUUGGACCCGCAGUCAACGCCGUCCUAAACCUGGACCUCUCAACCCCAACCGCGAAGGAGUACCUCUACCCCGACAGCUCACCGUCCAGCUUCUCGGACCGCCUCAUUAAGCUCCUUUCGCUCUCUAUCAAGGCCUACAAGAACCCAGAUCUCGAGCAAAUCGUCACUCCUCUGGUCUGCGCCCUCUCCCUGGUCUACGAGCAUGCCCCGGCCUCCGUCAAGCAGUCCAUUAAGUCUGCUCUCCUGCCAACAGAGAAAGAUCGCGAAGACGCCCUCGGCAAGGCUGACACCUUGCAGGGCCACCUCUUGAAGAACUGGUCCAACCCCGAAGCCCCAGAGCUAGGCAAAGCGAUUGCACACUUGUAUUUUGACUUGUCGAAUAGGGACCCGCACAAAUUUGUCAAGAAUGUUGGUUAUGGAUAUGCUUCUGGUUUCUUGUUCCAGAACAACAUCAGCUUCACCCCGGAGGAGCUCAACAAGGGCGGCGAGACUGAAGUGGAAGGCGAGGAUGGCGUGAGGGAGAUCAAGAGGCCGAUCAACCCCAUCACUGGGCAGUUCUUGGAUACAGAAAGGGUAUCUGAGCUGCCAGAGAUGACGGAUGAGGAGAAGGAGAGGGAAGCGGAGAGGUUAUUUGUUUUGUUUGAAAGGCUUAAGCAGACCGGCAUCAUCGAUGUGCAGAAUCCCGUGGAGCAGGCCAUGCGGGAGGGACGGUUCGAGGAGCUCCCUGACGACAAAUAG